AAUAAAUAAAAUGUGUGUUCACCAAAUAUAUAAUUUAAAGUAGUUGGCAGUAUUAUUACUCCCUACUAAUCCCCGCGAUCGCAUUGGGACCCUGUACUCAGUACGAGUACAUUGUGGUCCUUCGAGCCGGAUGUGAACCGUUCGUCGGUUAUUGUGGUGUCACCGGUGUGAUCGGCGGGGCUGGUAUAACAGCCUGUGCGGAGCUGCGCACUCUACUGGACAGUGGAUCGCUGUUCAGAGCAUCCCUACAGCCCAGCAGCAUUGUUGGAGCAGUGAGGAACCGGGGAGCUGGAGUUCCCUGGAGGAGAGGCGCGGUCACAACAGGAGCCGGGAGAUAUUAUCUCCCUGGAGGUGCCCGGGCGUUGAAAGCCCGUGGAGGAGCCAGGAGUUGAACACCCCCUGGAGGAACUUGGUGAAGUGCAGGAGGUAAAUGGUGAAGUGUCCGGAUAAACUGUGAGUUGUAUAUUUCUUUUAUUCGGUUGCUAGAAAUUCAAAGAAAAGUGAAUUUUAAUAAAGUGAGUUGGUAACAUAGAAGAAAUUUAGUGAUAUUUGAACAUUGACUUUUAGUUUUAAAUAAUUCUAGGACUUAGAAUAAUUUUACAAAAAGUGUUAUUACGGGGAACAUAUGCCCAAAUUUCAAAUUUUAUUUCAAAUACUUGUAAAUAAUUUUAGUUUGUUUGGCAAAAGUUAAUGUUUACAUGAUUGGGACUUGUAACUAUUUCCGAUGUUUCUUAAAUUUUAAUACACUUGUUUAUUUGCGUUUCGGUGUGAACUUGUGAAAACUUGAAUAGAUAAAUAAUUGAUUAGUGAGUGCACAUUUGCUCAGCACUUGUUAAUGAUUGUUUUAUAAGUUUAGUGUUGCUAAUUCAAUUGCGUAUUUGUCUUUUAAGAAUUAUCUCGGAAUAAAAAAUUUGUUUAAUUUGUGAUAAAACCGUUGUAUUUAUAAUUUGUAAAAAUGGAGUCGUUAUUGUACAAACAAGAAGACACUUACAAUAGAAUCUGUAAAGCAUAUAGUACCUUUAGAAAAUCUCCUAAGGACAGAAUAACUGCUCCAUAUGUAAAAGUAAGGUUAGAAAAUUUAGAAAAAAUGUACGAACAGUUAACAGAUGGUCAUAAUAAAUUGUUGGAAGGAUAUGACCCAGAUAAAUUACGUCAGAGUCAAUAUGUACAGAAAGAUGUGUAUAAUAUAACAGAAGAAACAUACAUGCAAUACAAAAUUGAACUUGAAAUUAUUUUAGAGUCUUUUGAGAGUAAAGAGGAAACUAAAAAAGAAAGUAAAAUCGCGCUUAAUAGUAAACAAUGUCACGUAAAGCUGCCUAAAAUAGUAAUUCCGGUGUUUUCGGGCAAAUAUACGGACUGGGUCACUUUUAGGGAUUUAUUUGUGUCUCUCAUACACAAAAAUCCUAGUUUAGAUAACGUACAAAGGAUGCAGUAUUUGAAAGGAUAUUUGUCUGGGGAAGCAGAACAAUUACUCAGACAAAUACCUAUUUCAGACGCUAAUUAUGAACAUUGCUGGCAACUAUUAAACUCGCGUUAUAAUAACAAACGGUAUUUAUCACAUUUUAUUUUAAAAAGGCUACUAAGUCAAAGAAAUCUUACGUCGGAAUCGGCUUUUGGUCUCAAAGAAUUAAUUGACAACACGAAUGAUUGUUUAAAAGCACUUGUAAAUCUUGGCAUUGAUGUCAAGACAUGGGAUAUUAUUGUGAUUCACAUAAUUACUCUGAAGUUGGAUCCGGAAUCCCGCAAACAGUGGGAAUUUAAUAUUACUUCGAAUAAUUCUCCUGAAGAAUUACCCACCUUUGCUCAAUUUACUGAGUUUCUAACAAAUCGAUACAGAGCUUUAGAAUUUUUAGAUAAUAAACCGGGAUCCAGCUCCAAAGGUCAGAGUAAUUACAGCGGUAACACAAAUAAAGUAAAUAGUUUACACGUUACUGGAAUACAGUGCCCUUGUUGUUCAGAGUCACAUAAGUUGAGUUUUUGUAAACAGUUUUACAAAAUGGAUUGUGACGCUCGUCGUAGUUUUGUCCAACAGAAGGGUAUUUGUUUCAAUUGCUUGGGAAAAAAUCAUUCUGCAAAGGAAUGUAAUAGUAUCGUUAAAUGUAAAAUCUGCAAGCGGCGUCAUCAUUCACUGCUGCAUCCCCAGAGUGAUUCUUCUUCUUCUCACUCUAGCGGGAGGUCCGAGAAUAACAACUCACAGGCUAGUACCGAAUCGUCGUCAGUUAAAGAAGACAUUAAAGAAUGCAACAUGGUAACCAAACACUCUGAUUCUCACGCUGAGGAAGCAGGGCAACCGCUUGUUACUUGUUUUUCGACAGGAACAUCUAAUCAUACGGUGUUAUUAGCCACAGCGCUUAUCAGGGCUGAGUCGAAAGCAGGAGUUUACCAAGUGGUUAGGGCAUUAAUUGAUCAAGGAUCUCAGGUUUCUUUGGUCACUGAAGCUACAGUGCAGUAUUUAGGGCUGAAGAAAAUGCCUUCUACUCAUGUAAUAAAAGGAGUCGGGGGAGAUAAAGAAAUAACAUCAAGAUCCGUGGUUAUAAUGAAUGUAAAGUCGAGGGUGGAUUCCAAUUUUAAUAUUAAGGUUAAGGCGUAUGUGUUAAAGUCCAUAACGUCGCUUCUGCCAGUUACAAAGGUAAAUGCUAUAAAAUGGGUUGAUCUACAGAAUGAACAGCUGGCAGAUCCACAAUAUCAUACUCCAAAUAAAAUCAAUGUGUUAUUAGGUGCUGAUGUUUAUCGACAAAUUAUUGAAGAAGGUUUAAAACGAAAUUCAGAAGGAUCUGUUAUAGCUCAAUGCUCCAAACUUGGAUGGAUACUUUCUGGGGUAGUAGACACAUCGGUCUCUUUCUCUUCGAACUUAGUUGUAUUGCAUGCUCAAGUAGACGACAAUGAAGCGCUGAAAAGGUUUUGGGAGUUAGAAGCGGAGCCCACUAAUCAAAAGAAAAUAAUGUCAGAAGAAGAAAAGCAGUGUGAAGAAUUAUUUGCGGCAACUACUAAGCGAGAUGAAAAUGGUAGAUAUGUGGUGCGGCUGCCGUUCCGGGAGCAGUCUUCUACUUACUCCUUUGGUGAAUUCGAAGAGAUAGCAGAGAGAAGGUUGAAUUCAUUACACGGAAAACUGAAGAAAGAUCCUGACCUGAAAGAAAGAUAUAAACAAGUAAUAAAUGAAUAUUUAGAAUUGGGACAUAUGGAAAAGGUUCCAGAAGCCGAAAAAGGAAAAAGGGAUACGAUCUACUUACCUCAUCACGCUGUUGUGAGGGAAGAUAAAGACACGACAAAGGUACGUGUGGUGUUUGACGCGUCCUGUAAAUGCAAAAAGGGAUAUUCCUUAAAUGAUAAGCUAAUGAUUGGACCAAAGCUACAGCCAGAACUUCGUCACUUACUAAUGCGCUGGAGAAAACAUCCUAUAUGUAUGGCGGCGGAUAUCGUCAAGAUGUAUAGGCAGGUCAGAGUGGCAGAUGUUGAUAAAGACAACCAGAGAAUCCUGUGGAAAGAAGAACCAGAAAAUAACGCGGAAACAUAUCGCAUGUUGAGAGUGACUUUCGGUACUGCGUCGGCUCCAUAUUUAGCGGUGAAGGCACUCCAACAAGUGGCACACGAUGAAGGAAAGGAUUAUCCAGCAGCUUCUAGAAGAGUAAUAAGUGAUUUUUACAUGGAUGAUCUAUUAACGGGAUGUAGCAAUAUAGAAGAAGGUCUGACUAUUUACAGAGAAAUGAACGAAUUAUUGAGUAAAGCAGGUUUUGAAAUUCAAAAGUGGAUGACUAAUAAUGUUGAUCUACUAAAGGGAAUGAAGGAAAGUAAUAAAAUCAAAGGAGUAGAAGGGUUACAGUUGAAAGAAGAUGAGGUUGUUAAGGUUUUGGGACUUACCUGGAAUCAGAGAACUGAUAACUUCCGCUACGCGGUCAAUGUAGCUCAGGAACCGGGACCUGUAACUAAAAGAAAAAUUAUAUCUCAUAUUGCUAAAUUAUAUGAUCCACUUGGAUGGGUAGCUCCGUGUGUAAUAACAGCAAAGAUCAUUAUUCAAAAACUCUGGUUAGCAGGAUUAAAUUGGGAUGAGGAGGUAUCCAACCAAAUUAUAACUGAAUGGGAUACUUACCUUACUGAACUGGUACAAUUAGCAAAAGUUGAAGUACCUCGAUGGCAUAAAACAAACACCGACAAUAAUCUUGUCGAACUGCAUGGCUUCUCCGAUGCAUCUAAGCUGGCAUAUGCGGCCGUCGUAUAUCUUCGUGUGGUGGAUACUGAGGGUAACACUCAUGUAAGUUUAGUCACAGCCAAAACAAAGGUUGCACCUAUUAAACAGGUGUCUAUUCCGCGUCUGGAACUCUGUGGUGCAGUACUGCUUACCAAACUGCUUGUUGAAGUAGCUACUGUAAUGGAAAUACCGAUUAAAAAUGUCAGAGCGUGGACCGAUUCGACUGUAGUCCUAGCAUGGCUCAACAGUCACCCGAGCAGGUGGAAAACGUUUGUCGCCAAUCGUGUCUCUGAGAUAUUGACCACUUUAGACUCAAAUCAGUGGUCGCAUGUACCCACGAGUCAGAACCCUGCGGAUGUUGGAUCACGAGGUGUUACCCCGGCUCAACUGUUGAAGUGUUCAGCUUGGUUCAAUGGUCCAGAUUUUUUAUAUAAAGAAGAAAUUAACUACAGCAAGCCAAAACAAUUAGAAACUAAUUUGGAAGAAACAAAGGUUCAUUUUACAGUAGCUGAAAGUUCGUUGUGGAAUAGAUAUUCGUCACUUACAAAAUUAAUUCGAGUUGUGGCUUACUGUAGACGUUUUUUAAGGUUUCGGAAAAAUAUGAGAUUCAGUGCAUACCUGACCACUGAAGAAUUAGAGGAAGCUUUGAAGUGUGCUAUUAGACAUUGCCAAUCGGAAGGUUUUAAAGACGAGUUAAGGAUUCUGAGAUCAGAAAAAGGUUUAGCACAGUUGAAAGGGCCUCUCAAAUCCUUGAAUCCGUUCUUGGAUAAAGAAAAUGUGUUGCGAGUUGGAGGGAGAUUAGAGAACUCAACUCUGAACCAAAACGCUAAACACCCAAUUCUUAUACCCAAGAAAUCUACAUUGACCACUCUUCUUUUAAAGGAUGCACACUUAAAGACUCUCCACGGUGGACCGCAGUUAAUGUUGACCUUUUUAAGCACGGGUUACUACAUUAUUGGGGCAAAGGCCGUAAUUAAGGCACAAGUUAAAAAAUGCGUUACCUGUGUAAAGCAUUGCGCGAGAUCGUCACAACAAUUAAUGGGUCAGCUGCCAGAGGCUCGAGCAAGUCCGUCGAGACCCUUCAAAUGUAGUGGGGUAGACUAUGCAGGACCCAUUAAUAUUCGGACAAGCAAGGGGCGUGGUCAUCAUGCAGCUAAGGGAUACAUUUGUCUAUUUAUCUGCAUGGCGACACGUGCUGUGCACCUUGAAGUGGUUAGCGAUUUAACCACACAAGGAUUCCUGGCAGCUUUCAAACGUUUUGUCGCUCGUCGAGGUUUAUGUACGGAUAUUUGGAGCGAUAAUGGUACAAACUUUGUCGGCGCGUCAAGAGAACUCCAGAAUUUGUUCAAUCGGGAAAGAUCAACUUAUCUUGAGGAGAUUUCCCAGGUAUUAGCCACGAAUCAGACGAAGUGGCAUUUUAUUCCGCCCCGAGCCCCUCACUUUGGAGGAUUGUGGGAGGCUGGCGUAAAGUCAGUUAAGUUUCAUUUGAAACGUGUGAUAGGAGAUUCCACGCUGACCUACGAGGAAUUAGCGACAGUACUAGGGCAGAUUGAGGCAUGUCUUAAUUCUAGACCUCUUUCUGUAUUAAACACCGAUGCAGACGCCAUUGAUGUUCUGACGCCAGGGCAUUUUCUCAUUGGGGAGCCAUUAGUGACGGUACCAGACUAUAGUUUUGAAGCCUCUUCAGUCACUAAUUUGCGAAGGUGGCAACUUACUCAAAAAAUGAUGCAAAAUUUCUGGCAUCGCUGGUCUCAAGAAUACCUUAAAAAGUUUCUUCAUAGAUACAAAUGGUCUUCUCCGCAUCCUGAACCUGAAAUUGGGGAUAUCGUUGUUGUGAGGGAGGACGACUUACCCCCUUGCAAGUGGCUCUUGGCCAAGGUUGUAGAAAAACAUCCCGGAAUGGACAAAAUUACGAGAGUAGUCACUUUGCGUACAAAAAAUUCAUUAAUAAAAAGACCUACUUCGAAGAUAUGCAUUUUACCCGUGACACAGUAGUCGUAAUGUUAAAUCCUUUUAAUUAAUUCUUCAUUUAAGUUUAGCACCACGUGCGUUUCAAGUUCAAUUUCGUUUAUAUUGGUUAUAUGCUCAUGGUGGGCGGUGUAAUGCACAUGGUAAGGACUAUGUGAAAUAGGUCCUUGGUGGGCGGAAUGGUCCUUCGAGCCGGAUAAUAUUUAUGUACAAUAUUUUACGUUGAUUUAUCCAUGAUUUGUGUGUUUGUUCUAUUUAUAUUUGGUAUCUAAUCUAUAAGGAUUAAAACUGUUUUUGUAACCAACCUUUUUGGUUUUGUCAGUGGUCUGUGAAUGGAAAAUGACAGUGAUGACAUGACAAGAAAAUAAAUAAAAUGUGUGUUCACCAAAUAUAUAAUUUAAAGUA